UUGCUUCCAUUGUACAGUACAGUACCUUCUCGAGAUUCCCACUCUGGCAUGGGUUGAGGCCAGAUUGGGGUACUAUUGCGUAGGAUACGACUGCCCGAUUCAGCGACUCCUCGCUCGCUCUCUGCAACUGCUCGCUACCUUGGUUCUCCGUUGCUCCAAGCAGCCCGCUUUGCCGGGCGAUCCGGGGUGGGGCGCGGGGAGCGGCGAUGAAGGCGGCAUGGGGGAACAUCACGGACGCCACCAAGGUGGCGGCGGCGCGCAUGAACAGCGAUUAUAAGGACCUGGACGUGGCGAUCGUGAAGGCUACCAACCACGUCGAGACGCCGCCGAAGGAGAAGCAUGUCCGCACCAUCUUCGCGUACACGUCAGCAUCUCGGCCGCGGGCUGACGUGGCAUACUGCAUCCACCAGAUAGGCAAGCGGCUGGGCAAGACGCACAACUGGUGUGUGGCGCUCAAGUGUCUGAUGGUGCUGCACCGCACGCUGAGGGAGGGCGACCCCACGUUCAGGGAGGAGCUGAUCAACUACGAGCGCAGGGGGCGCACGCUCAACCUCUCCAACUUCAAAGACGAGUCCGGCCCCGCAGCGUGGGACUACAGCGCGUGGGUGCGCACGUACGCGCUGUACCUGGAGGAGCGCCUGGAGUGCUUCCGCACGCUCAAGUACGACGUCGAGGCCGAGAAGUCGUCGUCGCACAGCCGCACGCGCGAGCUGGACACACCCGACCUGCUGGACCACCUGCCCGCCCUGCAGUCCCUGCUGCACCGCCUCAUGGGCUGCCAACCAGAGGGAGCAGCAGUGGGCAGCUUCGUCAUUCAGGCUGCACUCGGCCUGGUGGUGAAGGAGAGCUUCAAGCUGUACCGCGCCAUCAACGACGGCAUCAUCAACCUCGUCGACAAGUUCUUUGAGAUGUCGCGAGUCGAUGCUGCCAAGGCGCUCGCUAUCUACAAGCGCGCAGGCGAGCAGGCGGACCGCCUGUCGUCCUUCUACGACAUGUGCAAGGGGCUCGACCUCUCCAGAAGCUUCCAGUUCCCCACGCUCGACCAGCCUCCGCAGUCGUUCCUGGCCACCAUGGAGGAGUACGUGCGCGAGGCGCCGCGCUCCUCCGCCAUGCCCGCCGAGUCGCACGCGUCGCACUCAGAGGGGGCGAGUCACAAGACACCGGGGACGGAGAGGAGGGAGAGGAGGGAGGCGAGGCGGAGAGAGGAGGAGGAGGCACCGCCCCCGCCCGCCCCUCCUGAACCCGAGCCUGCCCCGCCGCCCCCACCCCCUCCGCCCGCUCAAGACCUCCUUGUGGACAUGGCGGACGAGGUGGUGGCGGCGCCCCCCGAUGCAGCAGCCAUCGAGCAGCAGAACGCACUCGCCCUCGCCAUCGUGCCAGCUGAUGCAGCCCCUGCGGGUGCGUCGCUGCCUGGCGGCGGCACGGGGUGGGAGCUGGCGUUGGUGGCCGCUCCCUCCUCCACCGCUGUUGCGGCGCCCGACUCCAAUCCCAACUCCAAGCUGGCGGGCGGGUUUGACAAGCUGACGCUGGACUCGCUGUACGAGGACGCCAUCCGCCGCUCCACCAACUCCUACCAGAAUUCCUAUGCCACCUCGGGCCCCCCGCCGCCCUCCGCCAUGCUGGCUCUGCCCGCCCCCCCCGGCGCCUUCCAGGCGGCGGGCCCCGCUGCCCCCGGCAUGCACGGGCCGCACGACCCCUUCUCCGCAUCGCGCCACGUGCCCCCGCCCACCAACGUGCAGCUCGCCACGCUGGCGCACCAGCAGCACCAGGCGGGGGGGGCAGGCAGCUUUGGGCCGGGAGGGGGCAUGGGCAUGGGGGGAAUGGCAGGAGGGGCAGGGCAAGGCUUCGGUAGUUACCCUGGCCCAGGGAUGGGCAUGGGCAUGCAGGGUGGCAUGGGUAUGCAGGGCGGCAUGGGCAUGCAGGGCGGCAUGGGCAUGCAGGGUGGCAUGGGCAUGCAGGGUGGCAUGGGCAUGCAGGGUGGCAUGGGUGGCAUGGGCAUGGGUGGUCCUGGUGGCCCCCCUGUGAACCCCUUUGCGAACCCAUAUGGUCCGCCCAAUGCAUAUGGCUCUGUGGGCAUGGCCCCCCAUGCUGCCCCCGCCCCCGCUCCCGCAGGGCCUGCAGGGUACCAGUCAAACCCCUUCGGCAACCCCAGCCUGCUGUGAGAAAGGAGAGCACAGGCAGUGGUGGUGCCAGGGGUGCGAGGGUGGGCAAAAUACUGUGUGAUACUGGGCGCACAGAAAGCAUGUGGGAGGAAUGACGACAGGCGGAGCCGGUGAUGGUGGCAGUGGUGGGUUGGCCAGCUGCAGCUGACAGCUCAGCAGUGUGGUGUGGAGGUUGUGGGGGCAGAGGCAGCUGAUUUGUGUGGACACACCUCCAUGUGCAACUCUUCUAGUGACGCUGUAGAGGGAUGCCAAGUUACUGUAGAAUGUGUUGUGUUGUGGGUAUCUUAAGCUUGAGUAGGUUACAUAUUGCUGAAGUCACUCUACUACCAGGUGAUCUUUUCAUAUCCGUGUGUGGAUAGACGGCCACCACAGCCUCACUGGUGCGCACCCGUGCCACUAGUGGUACCUGUGAUUGAACUGACUACCGGUACAAGGUUCCUGCAGAUACACACCCAUGUCCUGUCCUGUCCUAUGUUGAAUAGCACCAUGUUGAUAUGGAAUGGAAGAGUAGAUGUA